AUGGUUCGCCCUCUCGUUCAUUCGUUUGUCAUUGCUGCGGUCCUCAGCUCCUUGGUUAACGCUGGACCAUGCCGCCCCUCUUCCAGCUCCGUCGCAGUCACCUUGACCACUACUGAGUCAAGCGUCGCAACUGGCUCUGCUACGACUCAAACAAAGGAGUCGAGCUCGACUGAGGAACCUUCCGGUGCACCAACCGAGACUUCUCUCACUUCCAGCGAGCAGUCGACCACCACGGAUUCUGCCCUCUCAACUGUCAUUGCCACCACUACCAGCGAGAGUCACUCAUCCACUGACACCACUCUUGACACAACCACCACAACUGGAUGCCCCGUCCCAGAACCUCCUGUCUAUGACGAUCCCUUCACUGCAACCCAUGCCGAGGAGGCUCCUCAGACAACCAUUGAAGUUGUUGAUCUUGUCCCGAGAGGCCGUGCCCGAAGAGAUGCUCGAAAUCUACUAGCCAGGGCUGCCACCAGUUCUGCAGAACCUAUUGAGGAAGACGUCACUACUACCACCGAAGACGCCAUCGCAACCACCGAAACUACUGCUGCGACCACUUCUGAAGAAACUACCGCUACAACUGAGGAGGCGAAUACUACAACUCAAGAUGUCACUACUACCACCGAAGAUGCUACGGCCACCACCGAAUCUGCCGCUGCAACCACUUCUGAAGCUGUGUCCGGCUGCGUCAAUAAUCUGCAGAAGCCUUCACCUGAAGGCUCCGUAUGUGGCAAAAAGGGAUACGUGUCAAGCAAUUCUGCCGAUUGGAGGUACUUGGGCCAAGGCUCAUCUUCCUCUCUUCUCGACUGUUACACGUCUUGCAUGCAGCAGAGUAACUGCGUGACCUUUUAUUACGAGAAGAACAUGCAAUGUACCCUCUGGAGAGGCACCAUCACUGAGCUCAGCACGGAUGAAACCUCUUUCAAAAGUUAUGAGACAAGCUGCUUCUGUGACACAGACAUUGAGCCAGCCCCGACCUGCUCCUACGACAACUCCAUUAAUUUUAAUGACGGUAAAUUCGCUCCAUGGCAAGCGGAUCCCAACCCUGGCGGCAAAGACCCUGUAGCGUUUAAGGUUGUUCCCAAUAGUGAGGGUGGUUCGCCUUAUCGUUUCCAGACUGGUCAGUUCGACUUCGACAAGGGCAUGUGGAUUUAUCAAGACGUCAAGGCUUGUGCAGGCACCACCUUCUACUGCACGUAUAGAUGGAAGUGGGAUCAGUACUACGAGAUUCCUCAAAAACGUGGUCGCCCCUUGGUUCCAUAUGUCCGCGUCUACCAAGGCGAUGACAUGAUCGGAAACAGAUUCCCUGAGAGCGCGGACGAGACAAACAUAUGGACCAACGCACGUUUCUCGUUCACUAUGCCUGAGAGUGGAGAGACUACUAUUUGGUUUGUUGCGAGCAGUCCUCAAGGUGAAUGGAUCAACACUAGCGACGACGAUUGCAAGCCCGAAUGGGUUCACCGACCUAACUCAUUCGCGUUGGACUCAGUACAAUGUUACUCGAGUUAA